AAUAUUCAAUAUGCAAAUUCAUGAAAUUAUUCAAUUUUAUAAUACUGUUUUUUUAAAAUAUUAUAAUACUUUUACCUCCUUGUUCUUGCAGAUUAUCAUUGUUGAUGGCUUUUGCGGGGCGUCUACGGCAAUUAAAAAGCAACCUUUAUCAUUCAUAUUGCUUUAGAACUACGUUGAAGCUGUCUUUGAGAGAACGAUUGUGUCUUAUAAGAGCAAUGGUUAGUAUAUGCUCUGUGGCACAGUGCACCAAAGCACGUUUUAUAAAAUUAAAUGCUUCAAUAAUAUCAAAUCAGUGAAAUGUUUUGUAUCAAAUAUAAAUAUCUAGACAGACUGCAGCUAAAUAACAUUUAAAUAUUGACUGAAAAAAUACCUGACUAAAAUGAAAUUUGGUUAGACAUUUUGACUCUAAAGCCUGGUUCACAUAUGCCUGCGACUGUAUCAUUAUGCCUCUACUUGCCGCCUAAAUACCGGCAAAGUUGAACUCAAGUCAACUUUCCCGGCCUACCGCCGAUGUAACUGUGGCACUGGAGGCAAUCGGCGAACAAAUAUUCACAUAAUUUACGUUUUAAGCUACCACCGGCAUCGUCGCCGGUACGUCGCAGGCACGUCGCAGGCAUAUAUGUGAACCAGGCUUAAGUGCCAUUGGAUAAAUUAUCUUAAUUAUAUUAGUAUUAAAAAUAUUUAUGCCAAACAUUAUACAGUAUAUAUAGUAUACAAUUGUGUAUUCUUUGCAGGAUAUAUGAAAACUGAUUUUUUUUUGUCCAGACAAAAUAUCCAAUCAAUUUGGCAUUUAGUCUGGAAAAUUGUAAUUUGACCUGGACUCCCCCCAGAUGACUUCCCUCCCCUCAUAUGCACUUUUCUUUACCCCUCUCCCUUGCAUUUUGCUCCCCUGCAUCUCUCUCUGAUAUGCAUCUCUCGCCCCUUCAUAUAUUUCUCCAGCACUUGGGUACAUUAUCCUAAUUCUUCACCUUCUACCCUUCAUCUAUCUCCUUCUGCAUGCCGACCCCUAUAAAUCAUUCACCCUCUGCGCACUUUACUUUACCCUUCCUACCUGCUCCCCUACAUUAAUCUUGCAUGUAGUACAAUAUCACCCAGGUAUCAUCUCAUACACUUUCCCAUUAUGCACUCUUCGAUACAUCAAUGCCAUCAUUCUUUGCCCCCCCCCGGCACUUUCACCUACAUCACCCACGGCCCUUGAUGUGCAGCCCCACAUGUUCCUGCCCUUGUAUUCUUUUCUUUAUGCAUCCCUAUUCCAAGCUCAUUCCCCCUUGAGCAUUUCUUUCUGCAUCACCAUCCUCCCCCCCCCCCUUGCACCACUCUCACAUGCAGCACCCCCUUCAUACUCAUUUGUUCCCUCACGUGCCCCUCUCUAUGAAUUACCCCUUUUACAAUGCUUCCCUAAUGCAUCCCCUCCUCCUCUGUACUGUACAUAACACCCUCCCCCUUUUGCCUUAGCUCUAGCCUUCUUUAUACAUCUCCCACCUCCCUAACUCUGCACUCCCUAAAUAGUGUCAUGAUGACUAUAUAUUUUCUCUUUUGCAGUCAACAAGAAUAGAAACAGAUACAUUUGGUGAGAUUGAGGUUCCAUCAGAUAAAUAUUAUGGAGCUCAAACAGCAAGAUCUGUACACAACUUUCCCAUUGGUGAUCCACAGUAUGAAAGAAUGCCGGUGAGAACUUAUUCAUUUAUUGCACAUUAAUAGUUCAUCUUCACAUUUCAUAAAUAGAACCAAUGACUAAUAGCACAAAUCAGGGUGUUAGCCAGGCGUCCGUCCGACCGUCCUAUGGACGGCCACUUCUGUAUUCGGACGGCUAAAUUUUAAUGGACGGCCAUGGACGACCUAAGGGAAUAUUUUCUUUAAAUAGCAAUUUGCAAGCUUUGUAAUAUUUCUUGAAUACUUCGAAUUGUUGUCAUCUGCUGUUUACUUUACUUAUGGUAUAUGUUUUCAUACUUUUUCCAGUCGAAAACACGUUGAAUAUGGCUGAAUUGAAGUAUCAACAAACGCGCCAUGUUUUUGUAACCAUGAUGAUUUUCGCAUGAAAUAUCAAGGAGAAUAAUUUGAAACCUCUGUUUUAAAAAACAGCAAUCGCUCAAGUGCCACAUGCUUUAUUGCUUUAGAGUUACAGUUACGGUACGGCAAAGAUGGUAUAAAAUGAGCCAAACGCAUAAAAAAGGGGAAAAAAUAUCGGCGAUUGAUAAAAAAAUAACUAAACACUACACUGCUGUGUUGUGUUCUUCAUUAUAGCAUAUACUGUACAUCGUAGUGAUCAUACAGUUCAUACCAUAAGUGUAUUUUUACUAAUUUAAUGAUGGAAAUGUGCAUCUAAAAGUAAAAAGGUUCAACGAAUAGAACACCACAAUUCCACAACAACAAAAAAUUGUGGCCACGCCCAAAAACAUGUGACCACACCCACAAAAAUUUGUGGCCACGCCUGCAAAAUUAUUUUGGACGGCCACUUUUGAAAUCCUGGCUAACACCCUGGCACAAAUACUUAGUACAUAAACUAGGGGUCUGAAUCUAAAAGCCUUUACAAAGGUUCUAUAUAGACUCCAGCCUAAAAUAUAACUGGUUUUAUUGAAUUAUUUUGACAUGGCAAAUUAGUGAAAAAAAAGAAAUAUAAUUAAUGUAAUAAACAUGCGAGUCUGAAUUUUUUUCUGGAUAUCAGUUCUUACCAAGGCUGGAUUUUGUGGGGAGGUGUGCACCUCCCCUGAGGUUGUUUUGCACCUCCCCUCAGGUUGUUUUGCACCUCCCCUGAGGUUGUUUUGCACCUCCCCUCAGGUUGUUUUGCACCUCCCCUGAGGUGGUUUUGCACCUCCCCUGCUAAGAAUUUUUGCACUUCCCCUUGGGAAAGUUUCAAUGAUACAAAGUGAAAAUUUGACAUUUUUUUGGUUGCUUAGGGUCUACACUCCAUAAGAAAGUUUUUCUGUAAAAUUGAAACAGUUAUAGCCAUUCAUCUUUGUGUCAAAUACCCUUUUAAUGCAAUGUUAUGUAUGUUACGGGAACCACUGAGUAUUUUGAUAAAAUACAAAACAAUAGAUACUCCGAAAAUUGAAAGCAUUUUGAAAAAUUUUUGAUGAUGACUAUAAUUUAUUAAAAAUUAUUAAAUAAAAUAAAUUUAUUCAAAUAAAUUUUUCGAAAUAAAUUUUUCAAAAUGCUUUCAAUUUUCGGAGUAUCUAUUGUUUUGUAUGUUAUGUAUGUGUGAUCGUCCAUUGUUUUUCGAUGAUGACUGAGAUGUCAAUGAGUUGUACAGUCAUAAUUCAUUAUUACACUGAUACAUAUGUACACUACAUGCACGUCACGUCAUUGACCUCGGCCUGUUCUAGGCCCUAACUUUCCAUGGGGGUUGUGAGCUAGCCUGGACCGCUGCACCUCCCCUAAAUUUUUUUCCACUUCCCCCACUAUUUCCACCAAAAUCCGGCCUUGGUUCUGACUACAAGAAGAAACUGAGUAUAAGGAGGAAAACCUGCAGUAUUUGGUAUAGUUGAACUGGGAGCCCUCUUUUGAAGAUAUAUCUGAGGCUGAACUAUAAUCAGAUAACUGUGCCGGGGAAUCGAAGCCCACUCACAGACAUGAAAGGCACAUACUACUUAACUCCAGCAACAUCAUCUCAACAGCAAAUUUAAAACAUUUCUAAUAUAUGAUAUUUGGUAUUAUCAUAAAUUGUGUAAUACUCGUAGAUUCCAGUUAUCCGAGCAUUUGGCUACCUCAAGAAAGCUGCAGCAAUAGUGAAUAAAGAAUAUGGUAUGGAUGCAAGUGUAGCUGAUCAUAUUGUGAAAGCAGCUGAUGAGGUUGGAAUAAUAGACCGAAAAACUGUCAACAUUCAAAUGUACAGCAUUCCGAAAAAAUGGGAUUAAACCCCGCAUCUUUGUGUUUCCAAUUCUAAACCAUCAUGCGUACUACAGUACUUUUUAGUUGUUUGCACUUUUAGUUGUUGCUUCAGUUCUAACGUGCUCUCUACUUAGGAUAGGAUGGACUAUGUCAUAAUCUUGUUUCAUGUACAGUAUUGUUUCAUGUACUAUGUUUUAAUGUUUUGGAUUUGUUCUGCAACAGUCACUAAGCAACAUAAUUGGCUCACACUGUGUUAGCUAGUGUUCCUGAGCUGUUUUCUUGUUUUCCUGCCUAAUUUAAUAAAUAAAUAACUAGUUGUGACAGUCAUGAAAAUAUUUCGUUUACUUAAAUUGGUUAAAAUUUAAGCUUCAAAUGUUGGCUGGAUGCUCAAUGGGUAGAGUGGCGUUCUUGAAACCGUUUUGUUUUCUGCAUUGUUGGAAUUAAUAUUUAGUUUAUUAAACACUUAUCAUAUCUCUGAGGAUGUUUCUGUAAUAGAAUUGACAAGCGGUUACUUUACGCACUUAACACAUUGUAUGGGUUGUAAUUUUGUUUUCUCCAGGUGAUCUCAGGUAAACUGGAUGAUCAUUUCCCGCUGGUUGUUUGGCAAACUGGAUCAGGCACUCAAUCAAAUAUGAAUGUGAAUGAAGUGAUCAGUAAUAGAGCUAUUGAGAUGAUGAAUGGCGAGAUGGGAAGCAAGAGUCCUGUCCACCCUAACGAUCAUGUGAAUAAAAGUCAGGUAAGUCCUGUGAUCUCUACAUAUCUGGAGCAUGUUCCAGUAAUUCGGCCUAUGAUCCAGAAAAGUGAAGCUAAGAUUGCACGAAUUGACGUCCAAAAUUUACGAAGGUUGUCAACAGUUUUAAUACCAUUUUCCCCAGGUAAUUCCUGUUUUUGUCUAACCGUAGACAAUCUAGAAGCAGGUACAGUUCCAUCCCUAUCAAUCUGAAGAUUUCUCAAGGUUUUAAUUCCGUUCUAGAGUUCUAAUGAUACAUUCCCAACAGCCAUGCAUAUUGCCGCAGCAAUGGAGGUUCACGAGCGCCUGCUACCUGGACUUGAUAAAAUACAUGACGCUGUUGAGAAAAAAGCUCAGGAAUUUAAAGAUAUUAUUAAAAUUGGACGAACACAUACUCAGGUGACAAUUGACAUCAUGGGAUUGAAUGGGGUAUUCGUGGCAUUUGGUGAAACCAUAGACAAUCCAGACACAACCUCGUACCCAGGCUCUUUCCACUACGCUCCUCCAGCGACAAGCAUGGUGGAAAGAGCCUGGAUACGAGGUUGAUCCAGACAAUCCAGAACAUUGUCUAUGGUGAAACGAAUUGCUUUCUGUUCGUUAACUUUGUUGGGUUUCCAACAGGAAAAAUUAUUUCCACGUCGCAAUUUUAACUCAAACAAUUUCAUUUUCACUGCGCUAAAACUUUUGAUGAAAUGAUUGAGUUUCAAAACUCAUUUCAAGAUUGAGGAUUGGGGGCCGUUUAACGGCUGUAAAAAGGUCAUGGAAAAAGCCUGCAUGUAUAAGAUGUACAAUCCGCGCCAAACCGUUGUGGUAAAAUAAGAAAUGUAGAUAAUGCGGAUAUGUGACAUUGAAAAGGGGGAGUGGGCGUAUUUGUUUUCACAAAUUUAUUUGUAUCAAUAAUGCUUACAAUAUGUUAUCAAAUGUAAGAAUAACAGUUAUAUAUAAGAAGAAAUAACUUACAAAUCCAAGAUCCAAAAAGGCAAGGUACGAAUGGGACUCUUGGAAAAGGCCCAUGCAGACAAGGCACCUGCCAGCAAUUUACAAUUUUAUGUACAAGUUUAUACAUGUUAUAUACAUAUUGUGUAUUAAGAAUUCCUAAAUGGAAGAAUUAAUUAAGAAGGAGAAAGUAUAUGAUAGCAUGGAUAAUAAAAUAAAUUACUGAAAGCCGAUUUUCAGGCGACCAUUCAGAAACCGGUUUUGAUAUUUUGCUUGGAGAAAUGGAAAUCUCAUCAGGGAGAAAAACUUGUAAUACCUCAAACUUAUUUAAAUUUCAGUCAAAUAAUGAAAUAAUUUUUUCAUUAUAUGGCGUCGGUGCUCAACUCUCAAAAAAAGCUAGAGCUGGUCUCCGCAAGCGCUCCGUACCCUUGUGAAAUCGUGUGUUAAGUUUUUGUGUAUAAAGCACAAAUAAGUUUCUUUCAGUUAUCCGUUUCAGUUAUUUUACAAUCCAUGAUGAUAGGAAGUGUAGAGAGAUAAGUAAUCGUAUAGGUAUAUGCGUGUAAAGUCAAGUUUUAGCUGUUUGCUAGGAUUUUUGCAAAAGUAGAUUAUGUGUCCACCGAUGAAGUUUGGCCUGGAUGGCAGCUGCAGAUAAAUACAUAACAUGAAUAAUUUCGUUCAGGAUGCAACGCCACUAACACUCGGUCAAGAGUUCUCUGGUUAUGCAACUCAGUUAAAGUACGGCAAACAGCGAGUUUUGAAUACUUUACCAAGAGUUUAUGAACUUGCUAUUGGUGGAACUGCCGUGGGAACAGGACUCAAUACAAAGAUUGGUUUUGCUGAGAAAAUGGCAGCUACGAUAGCAGGACUGACAUCUCUUUCAUUCACCAGGUACUGUAUAUGUACAUGCAGAUUAUGCCGGGCUGGUAGAGCCAUGUAUUGCCAACAUUUGUUCUCGUGAAAUGUGCAAUAUGGACGGAUUUUUGUGUCGUGAAACGUGAUUCACAUCCUUAGAUGGUCGGUAAUUUUUGUGCUGGAAACCAGAUUUUAUUUGAAGCCGGUAGCGGGCCGUAGCGAAGAGGCUAAAGCAGGGGGGGUGUAGUAUUACAUUUGCCGGAGGGGGGGGGGCUAAACAUUUUUCCGGACAUACUCCCAAGUUGAUGUACACUAUAAUUUCUUAAAUUUUCGGUAAUAUUUUGGUAAUUUUAUCAAAUUGUUCGCCACUCAAACGUGGAGACGAGCAAUGCUUUGGAUGUAAACAACUUUACUGCAUGCAUGUAUUUUCUUGAUUUUUACCGAUAUAUCGAUUGGUACUGUACACUAUAUAACUCUUAAUAAAACCCACAUAUCUUCUGGAAAUAUCUUGCCAUCUAUUUUCUAGUGCGCCCAAUAAGUUCGAAGCGUUAGCAGCUCAUGAUGCAAUGAUCGAGUUACACGGAGCUCUGAAUGUCAUAGCCUGUAGUUUGAUGAAGAUUGCUAAUGAUAUACGGUUUCUUGGUUCGGGACCCAGAUGUGGUCUAGGAGAAUUAUCUUUACCGGAGAAUGAGCCUGGUAGUAGUAUCAUGCCGGGUAAGUGGUUAAAACUCUUUUACCCAAAGUUUUAUGGAGCCAUUAUAAUUGGCAACAGCGACCACUUGCAGUACCGUAAUUGCGGUAGUAGUAUCUUGCCGGGUAAGUGGUUAAAACUCUUUUACCCAAAGUUUUAUGGAGCCAUUAUAAUUGGCAACAGCGACCACUUGCAGUACCGUAAUUGCGGUAGUAGUAUCUUGCCGGGUAAGUGGUUAAAACUCUUUUACCCAAAGUUUUAUGGAGCCAUUAUAAUUGGCAACAGCGACCACUUGCAGUACCGUAAUUGCGGUAGUAGUAUCUUGCCGGGUAAGUGGUUAAAACUCUUUUACCCAAAGUUUUAUGGAGCCAUUAUAAUUGGCAACAGCGACCACUUGCAGUACCGUAAUUGCGGUAGUAGUAUCUUGCCGGGUAAGUGGUUAAAACUCUUUUACCCAAAGUUUUAUGGAGCCAUUAUAAUUGGCAACAGCGACCACUUGCAGUACCGUAAUUGCGGUAGUAGUAUCUUGCCGGGUAAGUGGUUAAAACUCUUUUACCCAAAGUUUUAUGGAGCCAUUAUAAUUGGCAACAGCGACCACUUGCAGUACCGUAAUUGCGGUAGUAGUAUCUUGCCGGGUAAGUGGUUAAAACUCUUUUACCCAAAGUUUUAUGGAGCCAUUAUAAUUGGCAACAGCGACCACUUGCAGUACCGUAAUUGCGGUAGUAGUAUCUUGCCGGGUAAGUGGUUAAAACUCUUUUACCCAAAGUUUUAUGGAGCCAUUAUAAUUGGCAACAGCGACCACUUGCAGUACCGUAAUUGCGGUAGUAGUAUCAUGCCGGGUAAGUGGUUAAAACUCUUUUACCCAAAGUUUUAUGGAGCCAUUAUAAUUAGCAACACUACAGGGACCGCUUGCGGUAAUUGCGGUAUUAGUAUGCCGGUAAGUGGCUUAGAGUCUUCAUACUCUUCUUCCCAAAGUUUUAUGGAGCCAUUAUAAUUAGCAACAGGCACCUUUUGUAGUAAUUGGAUUCUUUAUGUAAUGUUUCAAAUCCGACUAUGAGGACUGGACUAGAGUUCAAGUCCUCGCAAUUUGAUCACGUCCGAAGCGAAGCCGAGGCCGACUGAAUAAAAAUGCAAGGACUUGAAAUCUAGUCCAGUCCGAAUUGGAGGAUUUGAAAUGACAUCUUGAAAUGACUGAGAAAUGACUGAGAAAUUUGAAAUGACCGAGGGAGGAAAAUCUGUAACGGUCAGCAGCAUUAAAAUAUGGAACAAUCUCCCGAAGGAUAUUUAGACGAAACCAAGCGUUAAUUGACCAUUUGCGUAAUAGACAAAAUUUAGAUCUAAACAAGUGUGGACAAAAAUUUUAUCACAGCUUGAAAGAGCAUCACAAAAUUAGUAAUAUUCCAAAGUUUCGUUGCGAAAUGUUGUAAAAUGCGGAUAAUAUAGCCUUGCGAAAUUUGCAAUUUUCAGUCAUUUUAGAUUACAAACGGAAAAUUGACAGCCUCAAAGCGUAGAGGCUGUCAAUUUUCCGUUUGUAAUCUAAAAUGACGGCUGAAAAUUGCAAAUUUCGCAAGGCUAUAUUAUCCGCAUUUUACAACAUUUCGCAACGAAACUUUGGAAUAUUACUAAUUUUGUGAUGUUCUUUCAAGCUGUGAUGAAAUUUUUGUCUAGGUCAAAAUUUAGUCUAUUACGCAAAUGGUCAAUUGCUUUAAGUUUGCCUUUAAAAAAUACUUCUUAGAAUCUUAUAAGGGCAUCGAUCGCUUUGAAUUAUUAUUGUGAUCAGCAAGUUGUACUGUAUAUAAUUUGUAUAUAUAAAUUUAUAAUCCUAAGAUCUUUUACAUAUUUACUCUAAGUAGCUUUUAGACGUUUUAAAGUAGAAUUAAUAACUUUGUAUGUAUUGUAUAUGAGGGCCACAUGUUUUUCAGUUAUAUUGCUGUCAUGUGUUUUUACCCUCUUUAAAUAAAGUUACUCAUUCAUUCAUUCAUCUCAUACGAAUAUAUGACUACUUAAACAGAGCCUGAAAUAAUUUUUAAAUUUGUCCGGCAAAACUUCCAAGCAAAACGAAAUUUGACCGGAAAUUUUCAAAUUUGGUCGGAAAUUUUUUAGUUUAGUUUGAUCGCCUCCGUUGAGUAAAUUAUGUCAAGCAUGCAGUAAAUCACUCUCUUGUAAUAAACAGCCUAUUUAACUGUCCUGAUGAAGGGCCUUUGCUCGAAACGUCGAGGAAACGCAUUCUUUAUCUUCCAGGUCGUCAAAUUAACAACAAUGAAAGCAGUCACUCUGACUCGUAACUCAUGCACUGUCACACAUUUAAGUUAACUAAACUUUGUUUAAAGCAUACUCUGAUCGAAGAAACUUUGAUAACUUUCCAGUUGAUUGCUCUAUAUAAGACUAGUGUAGAUAAUCUAAGACUAUAGAUACUGCACUCACUGUGCUGAGCGCCGACCCGAUAAUAAAAAAACCCCAGAUUAUCAUAUUUUUUUUCAACAUUUGUCCGGACGAAACUUCCGAUCAUUUCAGCAUUUGGUCGGAAAAACUGGAAUUUGGUCGGAAAACCGCCGACCGCCGGCCGUUAUUUCAGGCUCUGCUUAAAGUGAGGUGAAUUAAUUUUGAACCAGACCUAGGACUGGAUCAAUAUACUUCACCAGGUAUCCAGUUUUAUCAUGUGAGCAAAAUAAAGCAAUAUGGUUGGCUAAUUUACUCAUGAAUUAUUAAUGAAUUUGAGAUAUAGGCUUUACCUAAUGUGCAUACAUGAAAACGAGGCUCUUUAGCCAAAGUGACGUACUUACCGGCUCUAUGCUAUAUUUAGGUAAAGUGAACCCGACGCAAUGUGAAGCAAUUACGAUGGUCGCUGCUCAAGUCAUGGGUAACCAGGUAGCAGUCAGUGUGGGUGGCAGUAACGGUCAUUUUGAAUUAAAUGUCUUUAAACCAAUCAUAAUACGUAACGUAUUACAAUCCACACGUCUCAUAGGCGACGCCUGCUCAGCCUUCACGGAUAAUUGUGUGAACGGGAUCGUUGCCAAUCGGGAAAAAAUCGAUCAACUCCUUCACGAGUCGCUCAUGCUUGUCACGGCACUUAAUCCGUACAUCGGCUACGACAAAGCGGCAAAAAUUGCAAAGAAGGCACAUAAGGAAGGCACCACGUUAAAACAGGCUGCCAUUGCAUUGCAAUAUCUAACGGCAGAGGAAUUUGAUUCGUAUGUUAAACCGGAAGAAAUGUUGGGGCCAAAAUAGAGAUAGUGUUGCCAAACAAUGAUCCCGUUAUUUUUCUGUAGUAUUGUGUCACUUCUUCUUUUGAAAAACUGUUUUGGAAAAGUACGGGCAAGAAGAAGGGAAUUCUAGACUUGAGUUCUAUAUCUUAGGAUUAGUACCAUAUAAUGGUUUAGAAAAUUACAAGCCAAGGGUGAUAUUGCCGAUAUGCUGUUUAAAUUUAAAAUAUAUGAGCUCUUGCUUUUAUUUUAUUGUAAUUUUUUGCAGUGACCUAGUUAACCCAUUAAAGCCCAACAUUGGAAAUUCACGUAAGUUGAGUAAAAUUUAUGGAGGUUUUAUCCGUGGUAUCAAGACGAUACCAGUAGCGUAGCCACAGGGGGAAUGGAGGUUCCGGACUCCCCCCCCCUCCCCCCACUUUUCUGCAGGACCAAUUGACCACUUACGUAAUAGACAAAAUUUUGAUCUCAACAAGUCU